AUGGCAAUCUGCAUCACGUUCGGAACGCAUGAGUUCACGUCCAUGCUGCAAGGCUACGAGAAUGUCAGGGCUUACUGCUAUAACUGCCAACACUACAAUGGACAUUGUAUUACGCGAUGGCCCUGGUUUACCGUCUGCUUCAUUCCCAUGAUCCCGCUAGCAACACACAAGUACAAGGAAGUCACAUGUUACACAUGUCGCUUCACCCAAGACCUACGUGAUCGCCCCGAUAUCACGCCAGAGACCAGGCCUCCGGUAGGUGCACCGGCUGGCCCAGCACCACCCCCACAGGCCUACUGGGGUCCUCCUCCUCAAGCCUCCGGGGGAGGCGGAUAUCCCCAGCCUCAGGCCGGGGCACCGCCGCAGAAUCCUCAGUAUAAGUGA